ACAAUUUCUUCCUUGAGCACCAUCCCUAAGACAAAGCUUGGGAUGAAUCAAGCUCCUGGUCGAAAAUGCUGCAAGUGCAAACUACUACGUGCAGCUCACAGGAAAGUCACUGUUUGUUUUCAUUUCAAACCAGAGCAAGCCAGUGAAUGCUGGCUCUUAAUUUCUGUGGCUUUCGCAUCCAUUUAAUCAUUUCCUUUCCUCUCUGCUUGCAACCAUCCUGGACAGAACACCCCUGACUAGCUCACCCUUUUUGUUCCAUCUCACAGCAGCCCAAAUUGCAAGCUUCAGGCAAAGUAUGAAAAUGAGGGCGUGUAGUUCCAGCGCCGCAACAGUGAGUGCCCAAGUUCCUCUGCGUUUCUGCUCCGAAGAGUUACUCCAAGUUUAGGCAGCGCCAUCCGACUGGGACUCUCCAGUCCAUUUAAGGAUGGACACGGGCGGGUCACUCUCCGAAGUGAAUAAUAAAGUCAAUAGGCGCAUUCUGCACAUGGAAGACCCCGACAUCCCUCCACCGCCUUCUGCUUUGCCCUCUCCUCCCACCCGGGCAGCAGCAGCUCCGCAGGCUGAGGAUAGCCGGGAACCCACCGGAGCCUACUAGCCCACGCCUUUUCAUCGCAGGAGUCAGAGUUUCCCAGCUCUGGGCUCUCAGGUGUACAAGAGCAACAGACUGUGCUUCUGCUGAUGUUUCACUGAUUGUCUUGUGAGCUGGUGGCACAGCAGCCUAAGAGAUGGAGAAAGGUCCUUUAGUGUAGAGUCAUCCAGCAUGAAACAAACAGUGGGUAGGCAGAACACUGAAACCCUAAGGGGCCUGAGAAAAUAAGUUGCACACACUUUUCUCACUGUCUCCUGAGAAGCUGAAGCUCUUGCUGAAAGCAGUAGCACACUGAGACUUUGGGAAAGGGGCCAAAAUGGUUACGGUUCCAGCUCCCAUAGCAUGACCGUCAUGUCUGUCUGUGUGUGUCCUGCAGAGCGCACACAGUUGCAGAGGAAUGAGGAGGUGUGCUGCUCAAACCAUGAUGAAACGCAUAAGCUCAUUCUCUCCCCUAACGGGAAACUUUCUGAACACUGGGCUAAAGCUUCAGCAAACUGCCCCAAGACAAGGCUGGUGAAAGAACUGGGAAACCGAAAUAUUGUUCAAAUAGCAUGUGGGGACCAGCAUGCCAUGGCACUAUCCAGAGGGGGUCAGCUCUUCACCUGGGGCCAGAACACCCACGGACAGCUUGGAGUGGGGAGCCAAACCACUCUUACUCCUGAACCACAGCUGGUGGAAAGACUAAAGGGCGUCCCACUUGCUCAAAUUGCUGCUGGAGGAGCUCACAGCACCACCGUGUCACUGUCUGGAGCUGUGUACUCCUGGGGAAAGAACAGUUUUGGACAGUUGGGACUUGGAGACACGAAAGACAAGGACUGCCCAACAUAUGUUGGAGCUUUAGGGCACUGGAAGGCUAUAUUUGUCUCAUGUGGGGCAGAUCAUACUGCAGUUCUCUCCAAGGAGGGGCUGGUGUGCACCUUUGGAGCAGGAGGGUCUGGCCAGCUGGGUCACAACUCUACCCGGAAUGAACUCUUGCCUCGUGUGGUGGCUGAGCUGUGGGGAGCAAGGGUUUCACACAUUGCCUGUGGCAGACAGUACACCCUGGUCUAUGUUUAUUCCUUGGACAAAUUCUAUUUCUUUGGUUCUGGUGAUGAAGGACAACUGGAAGAUGAGAGGAAACCCAAUCAGUUGAUACCACUUCCUAUCAAUUCACCAGUGAAUACUGGAAAAUCCUGCCAGAAAAAGGGUGCGUCAAAAAAAGGGAUUAAAAUUACUGCAGGAUUACACCAAAGUUUUGUCCGUUGCAAGGAGGGGAACAAGGUUAUCAUGUAUUUCACACAGAAUUCGUAUUUGAAUGGAAUUGCCACUCUGGAGGAUAAAGAAGUGGAUGCAUGGAUUUCUAAUUCUAAAUGUUGUAGGAGUAUAAAAAGGAAUAUCAGACUGAUCUUUUCAUCUGAGGCUUGCAUCAACGGAAGCUUCCUGGACAAAAGAGACAAACACUUCAAAACUUCCAAAGAAGUCUCAGGUGUAGACAUAUCAGAAGUGAAACGUUUUUAUGGGAAGAUCAGUAAAAACCAAACAGUCUACCAAAAGGUGCAAAAGGAGAUUAGGAACUUACUGCCAUUGUUGUCUUCCUCUCCCAUCUCACCUGAAAAUUUCAGAGUCUACUUGAUCUUGCCUUUCCUUCUGCAGGGGAAGAAUGAAGAUUCUAUCCUAUCUCUGAUCCUUCUGGCUGAAGCCAUCAUGAAGCUCCAGCCAGAGGGCCUGCAAACUCUUGAAUGCCUAUGGUCAAAUUUAGAAACAUCCAUUUUCAAGAAGCUGGUCAUUCUGUACCAGAGGGUUUCCCAGAAAAUUCUGCUCUCAUUUGUCCAGAAGAUCAUGGCCACGGGUCCAAGCCACCUCUUCAACCUGGACCCAGUUAAAACUGGGCCUCUGCAAAUGCUGCAGAUGCUUUACCAGGUGAACUCCAGAACUGGUUUCAGAAUACAUGAAAGCAACUUCCAUGUACAUGAAGUGGGAGCGAUUAUCAACAUAUGUUCACACUUCAAUAUAGUAACAGUCCUAGAGAAGCUGAGCAAGUACCCAUGUAUCUUUGACAGGGAAAACAAGAUCAGCGUUCAUAUUACAGAAUGCAAGGCUCUGUCCAAGACCUCUAUUAUACCCUUUAUUCAGAUGCCCUUUACAUGGAUCCCUGAGGCAUGGAAUUUUUGUGUCCGAAGACAAUGCCUUCUCCAAGACAUAUGGAAAAAUUUAAAAUCUGCCUCAAACCAAGACUUCAGGAAGAUGUUAAAGGUGUCUUUUUUGGGUGAGAUGGGGGUGGACGAAGGUGCGGUGUCCCAGGAGCUCUUCAGUAUUGCAGCCAGGACCCUCUGCCAGCCCAGCACCAGCGCCUUCUGCCACUUCGCCUCCGGCCUCGUGUGGUUCCCCAGACAGGCCCCGAGCUGUGAGGAUGAGGACACCUUCCUCUUGAUCGGGACACUGUGUGGAAUGGCACUGUUUAACCAAUGCACGGUGCCCUUCCCCUUCCCCAGGGCUCUCUACAAAAAGCUACUGGACCUGGCUCCCACCCUAGAGGACCUUGAGGAUCUGCUGCCAACCAUGGGCCGGAAUCUUCGGAAAAUUUUGAAUGAAGAAAGUGAUAGCUUGGACUUGGACUUCACGAUAAUGGAAGGAAGAGAUUCCACAGAUGUUGUUGAACUUAAAGAAAAUGGUGCCAACAUUCCUGUCACUAAGGAUAACAGGAAAGAAUAUGUUGAUUUGUAUGUGAAUUAUAAAUUCAAUAAAUCAGUACAGAAGCCAUUUGAGGACUUUAUGCAAGGGUUCUUAAGAGGCUGCCCAGCUAGAAAUUGGAAGAUGUUUUUCCCUGAAGAGCUGCAGAUUCUUCUCCAGGGACACACAACAUUUGACUGGCAUCUGCUGGAAAAGAAUGUGAUAUACGGACAGUAUACAAAGUUAGAUCAAACCAUCAGGAAUUUUUGGACUGUGUUUUACAAGCUACCAGAAGAAAAAAAGAAAAUGUUUCUUGCUUUUUUGUCAGGAUCUGAUCGAAUCUCUGGCUAUGGACUGGAGUGUUUUAGAUUUUGGAUUGCAGAUCCUCAAGUAGAAAAUCCAGAUGAGAGCCUUCCCCAUGCCAAUACUUGCCACCUGAUUUUGUUCCUCCCUAGAUAUAGCAGUAAAAAAAUACUCAAAAAGAAGUUGCUUUAUGCCAUAGAGCAUAAUGAAGGUUUUGGCCGUGCCUAACUCUGGGAUAGAAGCACUUAAAAGCAAAAAUAAGAAUAUGAGUCUUUGUUCACUUGCCAUAUUUUCUCUUAAUAACUCAAAUUUACUGGUUUCUACCCUGCCUUAUUUUUACUGCACUUUAUAAACACCUGAGUGCAUGUAUUUGCUGAGAUUUUACAUUGCUUAUAAAAUUAAUCUUCAACCAGAUAUUUCAUAGUUAGAUUGUAAAGUUAGGAAAGAAGAAUCCUGUUUGGCACACUUCAGAGAAGCAAGCUGAUAACCAAGCAUAUUUACAUAUAUGUGCAGGCAGGGUCUGCACUGUUCUGGUUACCUUAGGACAGUGAACUCCCAGCAGCAGGGAUUCUGUGAUUUGUACAUUUAUGCAUUAGCAAGCAUACAACCGGGAUGUGCUAAGCAGUCACUCUUGCAAAGCAAAGCUGGGUUAAGGUUUUCAUCUGUGUUACUUAAGGGUUCUCAUGGGAGCAACUAACACAUUUAAUGAGAUUGUGAAUUGAAGGAGGAGUCUGUGCUCACCUGGAUAUGGUGUAUGAUUUAUCUGAGAGAAAUUCGUAGGAGAAUUUGAUCAUGCCUAGAGUUUUUCAAAAGCUGUAUUAAUGAAUUAUAAUAAUACAAUUUUUUAUUAUUUAGUGUGAUAAUUGUGAUAUUUGUCAUGUUUCUUUAUAUCUUCUAAGGAGAUGUUUCACAAUUAAAUCAUAAAAUCUUAGGCUUGCAGAACAGCACUGUCUACAGAGCCCUGUGGACAUAAGGCUGGCAGAGCUUCAGGAAUGUCAUUGUCAAAACAGUGCAGAACACUGGCAGGGUAUUAACCAUGUCAGGCAGGAUGUGUGUUUACUGUGUAUUUUGCUAUGUGGAGAGAGGGAGAGAAACAACAGCCAUGGUUUUUCAGCAGUCUUCUCUUUGGUGCGUUAAAUGUGUCAGGGGACAUCCAUAUGUAAAGAAGACACUGUCAUAAAUUAAAUGAUGAUGGAUUAAAUUUUCACCUCUGUA